AUGUCUCGUUUUGACCCCUUCACCCUGUUCGCGCUUGCAGCAAUGUCCGCCUCCGAGGAAAAAGCACCGGGGCCCGACUCUGCAAUAGGAAAUCGACCCGACGCAGACGCCGCAGGCCCAGGCUCGCACACUGAAAGCCUGUCAGCAACCGGAAUCCAAGAUGAAAUGCACCGGGAUUUGGGCAACAGGAAGAUUCAAUUGGUCGUGAUCGGCACUGCAUUGUUCAUCAGCAUCGGCACGGCCUUGCAGCAGGCAGGGCCCGGCGGGUUACUUGUCGCUUUUGUGAUCCAUAAUGUCUUCCCCGCCGUGGAGAACAACUGUAUGGCGGAGAUAUCGACCUACAUGCCUGGCAGCGGCGGUUUCAUCCGCAUGACCGGCAACUGGGUCGACGAUGCUCUGGGAUUUACUGCGGUUAUUGUGAUUCUAUUCGAGAUCACCGCCUUGAAUCUGGUCUUGUGGUUCUGGAGCGACAACAUCCCGCCGGCAGCGGUCUGUGCGGCUUGCAUCGUGCUCUACGGAUGCCUCAACGUGGUCGCUGUUCAUGUGUAUGGAGAAGCUGGAUUCUGGCUAUCCAGCGGCAAAGUGAUUCUUCUGUUGACGCUAUUCGUCUUCACCUUCGUCACCAUGGUUGGCGGUAGCCCUGCCGGCGACGCCUACGGCUUCCGGCACUGGGAGACUCCAUUCGCCGAAUCCUUGACACUGGGCUCGGUGGGUCGCUUCCAGGGCUUCCUCGCCAGGCUGUGGCUUGCUGCGUUCACCUGUACCGGACCGAAAUUCAUCUUCAUGAUCGCCGCCGAGGCGAAGCACGAACGCAUCUAUCUGAAGAACGCAUACAAGAUGGUAUACUGGCGGUUCAUGAUUUUCUUCGUGGGCAGCGCUCUGGCCGUGAGCAUCCGCAUCGCCUACAACGACCCGACGCUAGUGGCACUGAACAGCACCAGCUCGGGAACAGGCGCCUCAUCGCCCUACAGCAUCGCCAUGAAGAACAUGGUUGUGGAAGUUCUGCCCGACCUCGUGGCGACGAUCCUCAACUACAUUAUCAUCUGCAUCACCUACCUCUGCUUCUUCCGCGCCUCCCUGCCGGAUCGCGGCUGGGUGCAGCCGUACUGCGGGUACAUCGGCCUGGCGUGGAUGAGCUUCGUGCUCCUGUUCUACGGCUACACCUGCUUCGAGCCCUGGGAUCCCAAGCUGUUCCUCCUCAGGUAUGUUCUCCCCAUCUUGAUGCCCGUCUUCUACUUCGCCUGGAAGCUAUUCCGGAACACGCGCUUCCGCCGUCCCCAGGAGGUCGAUCUCCGCUGGGAGGCCCUCGAGAUCACGGCCUACGAGGCUGUCUUAGUGGCCACCGAGCCGCCGAGCUCGCUUUGGGAUGAGUGUGUGCGGCCGUUUCGGAGGUGGUGGCAGCAGGGGAAGGUGGUGUAG